AGUGUUGUCAAGCUUUGACAUUUUAGGGCUUCUGGGGAAAAUAAGUUAUAGGGUUACCAAAUGGGAAUUUAAAAGGGGUGCUGACUUGCAGCCUCUCGUCAUUUACUUCACUCUUGUCAACUGGAAGAUUUUCGGUCAGUGCUGCGUCCAAGGUGCCACUUCUCUCUGUUUCCCCAGGCGCAGGUGGAGCAGCCAUGUCCACUGGCUCUGCUGCAAGUGAUGCUGAGGACGAGGAGACAUGCCACAGAAGGACUACCACCCCCUUGGAGAACACCGCUCGGAAAGUCACCUGCUAUAAUCCCAGCCGGUAUUCGGAGGAGGAGUUGGAAGAUGAAGGUGUGGAGGGGAGGAUCAAGCAGGAGCGCAGACUUUCCAAAGCGCUCCAGAGGGAAACGCGGCAAUCACAGAGGAACGCGGCUAACGCCAGGGAGAGGGCAAGGAUGAGAGUGCUGAGCAAAGCUUUCUCCAGACUGAAAACCAGCCUGCCCUGGGUUCCAGCGGACACCAAACUUUCCAAACUGGACACGCUUCGUCUUGCUUCUAGCUACAUUUCCCACCUUAGGCAGCUUCUGCAGGAUGACCGGUUCGAGAGCAGAUUUGCACACCCAGUCAGUCUGACUUGGCCAUUUAUGAUGACAGGAAGAUCAGAGGAGGACAUCUCAUCCACUAUAAGACUUUGUGGAGCAACAGCAUAGGCGACAUGUCUUCAUGCACCAGCUCAAGUUCUUUGACUGGAACCUGAAGAGAGCAAAAAGACAUCUUUAAAUAAACUACAUCAGUUUGACCCUUAAACAAUGACUUUGGAUUCAAAACCAUAAUAUUUUGUUGUG